AUGUCCCCCAUCGCGACGACGACCACCACCACCACCGCCCCCGCCACGGCCGGCAAGCCUGCGCCCGCGGCCGACCCCGCGUCGCUGCGCUUCGUGACCGUCUUCCCCUCGGGCGUAGACGGCGGCAACCCGUGCCCUGUCGUCACGGACGCGGCCGGCCUGACCGAGGACCAGAUGAAGGGCCUCGCCGCGAAGUAUGGCCACGAAGCGGCGUUCAUCCUCCCCGCGUCGUCGCCAGAGCACCUCGCGAGGAUACGCUACUUCGUGCCGGCGCACGAGAUGGAGAUGUGCGGCCACGCGACCCUCGGCUCGGCGUGGCUCCUGCGCCAGGCUGGCGUGUGGACCUCGGACUCGGCGACGGUCGAGACGCUCGCGGGGGUGUUUGAGAUCCGGCACGAUGCGUCCUCUGGCCGGAUCGACGUCGGGCAGCCGCGCGGCCGCGUCGAGGCUGUGGCCGCCGCGUCCAUCCCGCGCAUCGCGCGCCUGCUCUCCCUGGCCCCGGAGGACAUUUUGACCAUCAACAACCACUCGGUGCUCAACGCGUCCACGUCGCGCUUCAAGACGCUCAUCCCCAUCCGCUCCGUCGAGCGCCUGCAGGCCAUCGACACGGCGACGUUCGACCCCGAGGAGGUCAAGGCGACGUGCGACGAGAUCAACUCGACGGGCCUGUACCCCUUCGCUGUGGCCGGCAGCGGCGAGGUGCACGCGCGCCAGUUCCCCCGCUCGUCAGGCUACGUCGAGGACGCGGCUACGGGCAUUGCGGCGUCCGCGACGCUGUACGGCGCCCUCGAGUACGGCAUCAUCUCCGGCGCGCAGGGCAGCGACGCGCUUACCGUCUACCAGGGCUUCGCGCUCGGCAGGCCCAGCGCAAUCCAGGUUACCCUGCGCAAGGCUGGCGCGCCCGAGGAGGGAUGCUGGAUUAGUGGCAAGGUCGAAGAGAUUGUCCUCGAGCCUGUUGUUUAG